GACACUCUUGGUCCGCACGUGGGUCAAAUUAGGCUACCACGAUAGGCCUAAAUCAAUCAUUGCAUUCAAAUACUCGUGAUGUUUACUGGUAGGCCUACGUGCAGUGAAAACCUUCAAGUUUAACUUGGCUUAUUUGUGCGUCAGUCCACCGAGCACAGGCUAUCCUACUAGUUGUCUCACUAUCAUAAGACGUGAACGAUUCGUCUGGUGUGGAUGAGCUUAGUCAAGGCACGAGGCAUGGUCUUGGCGAAUUACGAUUUCAUAUAAAUAGGCUACUUCACCGAGGACUUCUAAAAUCUCAAUAUCAGCAUCAUACCUCUCAUCAUGGCCGAAUGGACAGAGUGCAUGAACUUUGGCAUGGCUAUUGCCAGGGAAGCCAGUGAGGUCAUUCUGGAGGCAUUUAAAUCUAAGAAAGACGUGAUGCUAAAGAGCUCUCCGGCAGACUUGGUGACUGAGACAGACCAGAGGGUGGAGAAGAUGCUCAUCUCCGCCCUUAGAGCGAGAUAUCCUGCGCAUAAGUUCAUCGGUGAGGAGUCAGUGGCUGCAGGUGAAAAGCUUGAAUUGACAGAGGCCCCCACCUGGAUCAUAGACCCUAUCGAUGGCACUGUCAACUUUGUGCACAGGUUUCCAUUUGUUGCCAUUUCAAUUGCCUUCGCCGUAAACAAGCAGACUGAGUUUGGGAUAGUAUAUAGCUGUGUGGAGGAUAAAAUGUACUGGGCCCAGAGAGGCAGAGGAGCCUUCCUGAACAAUGUGCCACUGCACACAUCUGGGCAGCAGGAUAUCACCAAAUCGCUGGUAGUGACCGAGAUAGGAGCCGAGAGAGAUGAUGUGGCUCUGUCUACAAUGACUACGAACAUCAUGAAUCUGCUCAAGGUCCCCAUUCAAGGGAUCCGGGCAGUGGGCACAGCUGCUGUUGACAUGGUUCUGGUGGCCACAGGUGGCGCAGAUGCCUAUUACCACAUUGGCAUGCACUGCUGGGACAUUGCUGCAUCUGCCCUUAUAGUCCAGGAGGCUGGCGGUGUGGUCCUGGACACUGAUGGGACCAAGUUUGACAUGAUGUCUAGGAAGGUGAUUGCUGCCAGCAGCAUGCCAGUAGCCAAGAGGAUUGCUCAGGUGGUGCGGGCGUUCCCCUGUGCUCAUGAUGAUGAAUGCCCUGGCAGGAUGAAUAAUGAUGGCCAUCAUAUCUCUAAUGGCCUGUGAUGUCAAGGGAACUAAGAGUAGCCUAUAUUUUUUGUUGUUGUUGUUGUGUAUGUGCACAUUGUUGUACUGACAACCUUGAGAAAUAAAUUGUAUGAUUGGAAAUUG